CCGCGGGGCAACCGGGACGGCAGCGGCACCGGGGGGUGGCACCGAGGCACCGGGAGGCGGCACCGAAGCGCCGAGGCGGCCGCGGUAUAGGAGGGCAGCGGAGCGCCGGGGAGUACUGGGGCGGUCAGCGGUACAGGAGCGCCCAGCGGCACCGGAGCACGGCGGCACCGGGGCGGCUGGUGGCACCGGAGCACGGCGGCACCGAAGCGGCCGCAGGACGUCUCGGCGGGGCCGGACCCUGCGGGAUGCGAGCGGCAGCGGCGCGGACGCGCGGUGAUUAGAGCUCGCUGCGAGGGAGACUCUGCCACCCCCUGCUCUGCGCACCAGCGGCCAUGGAGCCAGGGAAGGGCUCGGCCGUGCUGCUGCUGGAGCUGCUCAUUCUCGGCGGCCUGAGGGCAGGGAAGGGCUCGGCCGUGCUGGGGACCCUGGAUCUACAAAUAGACGAGGAGCAGCCGGCCGGCACCAUCAUUGGGGACAUCAGCGCCGGCCUGCCCCCCGGCACCAGCGCCUACAUGUACUUCAUCUCGGCACAGGAGGGCAGCGGGGUCAGCACCGACCUGGUAAUCGAUGAGAACACGGGCAUCAUCACGACGGCUCGCGUGCUGGACCGGGAGGCACGGGACCACUACAGCUUCAUCGCUGUCACCCCCGAGGGCGUCACGGUGGAAGUGAACAUCCACGUGAAUGACAUCAAUGACCAUGCUCCGGCCUUCCCCAAGAGGCACAGCACCUUCCAGAUCCCGGAACACACCCCCCUGGGCAGCAGGUUCCCCCUGGACCCCGCCUUCGAUGCUGACAGCGGCCUGCUCAACACGCAGGGCUACGUGAUCAGGGGAGGGAACGUGGGGCAGGCCUUCCGCCUGGAGACACGCCGGGGGCCCAAUGGGGUCCUCUUUCUGGACCUGGUGGUCGGCGGCGUCCUGGAUCGGGAGAACCGCUCGUCCUACUCGCUGCUGCUGGAGGCCUACGACGGCGGCUCCCCUCCCCGCAGCACCCAGAUGACGCUGGACGUGUCCAUCCAAGACAUCAAUGACAACGCCCCCAGCUUCAACCAGAGCCGCUACCACACCCUCAUCUCUGAGAACCUGAGGCCAGGCAGCAGCAUCCUGCAGGUCUUCGCCUCAGACGCGGAUGAAGGGGACAACGGGGAUGUGAUUUACGAGAUCAACCGGCGGCAGAGCGACCCUGACCAGUACUUCACCAUUGACUCCCGCACCGGGGUCAUCAAGCUCAACAAGGGUCUGGACUACGAGGUGAGGAAGGUGCACGAGCUGGUGGUGCAGGCACGGGACAGGGCUGUGCACCCCGAGAUCAGCACGGCCUUUGUCACCAUCCACGUGCGCGACUACAAUGACAACCAGCCCACCAUGACCAUCAUCUUCCUGAGCGAGGACGGCUCCCCGCGGAUCUCCGAGGGGGCGCAGCCGGGCCAGUACGUGGCGCGCAUCUCCGUGUCCGACCCGGACUAUGGCGAGUACUCCAACGUCAAUGUCACGCUGGAGGGGGGUGAUGGCAAGUUUGCCCUCACCACCAAGGACAACAUCAUCUACCUGAUCUGUGUGGACCAGCUCCUGGAUCGGGAGGAACGAGACUCCUACGACCUGCGGGUGACAGCUACCGACUCGGGGACGCCCCCGCUGCGGGCGGAGUCAGCCUUCGUGCUGCAGGUUGUGGACGUCAACGACAACCCACCGCUCUUCGACCAGCAGGAGUACAGGCAGAGCAUCCCCGAGGUCGUGUACCCAGGCAGCUUCGUGCUGCAGGUGACAGCUCGGGACAAGGACCAGGGCCCCAACGGGGAGGUGCGGUACAGCAUCGUGCAUAGCCACAACACCCACUCCACCUGGUUUGCCAUAGACCCCACCACAGGCAUCAUCACCACCACUGCCCCGCUGGACUACGAGAAGGACCCUCAACCUCAGCUGACCGUGCUGGCCACAGACCGGGGCAGCCCUGCCCUCUCCUCCUCAGCUGUGGUCUACGUGGCGCUGCAGGAUGUCAAUGACAAUGAGCCAGUCUUCAGGAGCAACUUCUACAACGUGUCCCUGAAGGAGAACACCCCUGUCGGGACCUGCUUCUUGCAGGUGACGGCCACGGAUGCAGACAGCGGCGCCUUUGGGUCCCUCUCCUACUCCAUCGGCUCUGGCAUCGGCAGCGUGGUGCCCACGCAGUUCCGCGUCGACAAGGACACCGGGCAGCUCUGCACCGCGCAGCCGCUGGACCGCGACGAGGGCACAGCCGCCUUCGACUUCACCGUCACGGCGGUGGACGGGGGCGGCCUGAACUCCAUGGUGUACGUGAAGGUGUUCCUGGAGGACAUCAACGACAACCGCCCCGUGUUCUACCCGCUGGAGUACGCUGCCAGCCUCAGCACGCAGAGCAUGCCUGGCACGGCCGUGCUGCGCGUGGCAGCGCACGACAAGGACGAGGGCCCGCACGGGCAGGUGUCCUACAGCAUCCUGCGGGGCAACUCGCCCCCGCUCUUCGCCCUCAACCAGGACACGGGUGUCAUCUCACUGUCAUGGUCCCUGAGUGGCAAAGCCAACACCCUGGUGCAGCUGGUGAUUGCCGCGCAGGACGGUGGGGGCCUGCAGGCCCAGCCCAGUGCCCGGGUGAACAUCAGCAUCGUGGAGGGCACCGUCUCACCCCCGGUCUUUGAGCAAGCCCAGUACUUCUUCACUGUGCCCGAGGACGUGCCCCUGGGCGCCAGUGUAGGGGCUGUGCGGGCACAGAACCCUCCAGGGCACACCGAGGACAUCUUCUACUCCAUCUCCUCGGGAGACCCUCAUGGCUACUUCUCCAUCGACUCGGCCUCUGGGCAGCUCCACACCAGCCUGGCCCUGGACCAUGAGUCGCAGGCCACGCUGACGCUGGACGUGCAGGCGCGCAGCGGCUCCCCGCCAGCCUACAGCCACGCGCGUGUCCGCAUGGCAGUGUCAGACGUCAACGACAAUGCACCGCUGUUCCCCGGCCCCGCCGACUCCAUCCUGCUGCCCGAGGCCACGCAGCCCGGCACCACCGUCUACACGCUGCAGGCCGAGGACCGUGACAGUGGUGCCAAUGGCCAGGUCAACUUCGAGCUGGCGGUGGGCGGUGAUGGUGCUUUUGCUGUGGAGCACUCCUCGGGUGUGGUGCGGCUCACCAGGGCCCUGCAGUACGAGGCCGGCGCAGGCUACGAGCUGGUGAUUGUGGCUCGCGACGGCGGCGUGCCCCAGCUCAGCUCCACCUUCACGCUGCUGGUGCAUGUGCAGGCUGAGCACGACCACGGCCCCGUCUUCGACACACUCACCUACCGCGUGGAGCUGCGGGAGGGCGUGCCCGUGGCCACCCGCUUCCUGCAGGUGCGGGCGCUGGCGCGCGACGCCGAGGCACCCACCCUGACCUACCACCUGCGUGCGGACGGCGAUGCCGCCAGCUUCGGCAUCGCGCCAGACAGCGGCUGGCUCUACGUCAAGAGCGCCCUGGACCGCGAGACGCGGGACCUGUAUGUGCUGACGGUACUGGCCUCAGCGGGCAGUGGUGCGGGUGAGGCACGGAGGACUGGCAGCAGCACCGUGAGGGUCAGCAUCACCGACGAGAAUGACAACAGCCCGCGACUCAGCGAGGAGCGCUACUUCUUCACCGUGCCUGAGAACCAGGCCCCUGGCAGCGGCGUGGGGCGGGUGGCGGCCACCGACCGCGACGCAGGGCAGAACAGUCGCCUCUCCUACCGCCUGCUACCGCCCGACCCUGCCUUCCUCAUCCACCCCCAAACAGGGGAGCUGAGCACCCGGCGCAGCCUGGACCGGGAGCUGCAGUCCAGCCACCAGCUGCUGGUGGUGGUGGCGGACGGCGGAGCGCCGCCGCGCAGUGCCACGGGCACCGUCCUCGUCACGGUGCUGGACCAGAACGACAACGCUCCGAGCUUCCUGCACCGCGCCGCGGGCCCGGAGCUGCCGCUGCAGGUGCCGGAGGAGAAGCCGCCAGGGCUGCUCGUGGCCUCGCUGCAGGCCAAGGACCCCGACGAGGGCGAGAACGGCACCGUCGUGUACUCGCUGGCAGGCGCCUGGUCGGAGCGCUUCUCGCUGCACGCCGCCAGCGGAGAGCUGCGCACCGCGGCCGUGCUGCGCCGCUCCGAGCGCGCCGAGUACGUCCUGACCGUGACUGCCAGCGACUGCGGGGCACAGCCACUCCGCACGGCCGCCAGCCUCCGCCUCCAGGUCCUGCCAACCUCCCGGGUGCUGCCACGGCCAGAUGCCACAGUGCUGACCCUGCACCCCCCUGAGGGGCUCAGGCCGGGGUCAGUGAUUGGCUCGGUGGCACCCCCGGACGCCUCAGCACGGGGAGAGGUGACCUACACCCUGGUGGGGGGCGGUGGUGACGGCAGCUUCGUAGUGGACAGUGAGAGCGGAGCGGUGCUGGCGGCACGGGAGCUGGACUACGAGGCGGGGGCGCGGCACGUGCUGCAGGUGAGCGCCGAGGACCGCCGCCAGGGCUACCCCCGCAGCCGCCUGCUGCUGGUGCAGAUCCAGGUGCAGGACCGCAACGACCAUACGCCCGCCUUCCCCACGGACCCACUCAUCAUCGUGGUGCCCGAGGGCGCCCGGGCUGGCGCCACUGUCUUCACCUUCCAGGCGCAGGAUGGGGACGGGGCUGGCCCCAACAGCCAGGUGCGCUAUGCCCUGCGGCGCCAGGAGCCCCCCGGGGCCCCCUUCCAGCUUGACGCCCACUCGGGGGUGCUCAGCCUCCAUCGCAGCCUCGACCGGGAGGCCGCUGCCUCCUUCCUGCUGGUGGUGGAGGCCACGGACCAGGCGCGCAACGUCAGCCAGCGCCGCUCGGCCGUUGUCACCGCCCGUGUCUUCGUCAGCGAUGAGAACGACAACGCGCCCGCCUUCCUGUCACCUGCUGCCGUCGCCGUACCCGAGGACCAGCCCACCGGCUUCGUGGCCCUGCACGUGGUGGCCCACGACGGUGACCUGGGCGAGAACGGCCGCGUCAGCUACGCGCUGCGGGCAGGCAACAGCAACGGCUGCUUCCACCUCAAUCCCAGCACCGGUGCACUGUCCAUCGUGAGGGCCCUCGACCGGGAGGAGAUGGCACAGCACAACCUGACAGUGGUGGCCAUGGACCACGGCUUGCCACGGCGCUCGGCCACGCAGCUGCUAUCGGUGCUGGUGCUGGAUGUUAACGACGAGGCACCUGCCUUUGAGCAGCUCGAGUAUGAGGCCCAGGUGAUGGAGAACCUGCCAGCGGGCAGCCCUGUGCUGCGUGUGCUGGCCACAGACCACGACCUGGGUGCCAAUGGGCAGGUGUCCUAUGGGGGUCUCGCCGGGGGGCCGUUCUCCAUCAACCCGCAGACAGGGCUCAUUGUCACCACACGCGCCCUGGACCGUGAGCAGCAGGAGCAGCACCUGCUGACGGUCUAUGCCCGUGAUGGAGGCCUCCCACCCAGGCUGUCCAAGGCCACGGUGCGGGUGCAGGUGGGCGAUGAGAACGACCACGCGCCGCGCCUGGAGAGCCAGGCCUGUGCCCUGCAGGUGCCCGAGAACCAGAGCCGCGUGGCACUGCACACGCUGCGGGCCACCGACCCCGACGCUGGCGACAACGGGCGCCUGCAGUACCUCCUGGCAGAUGGAGACCCCGUGCAGGACUUCAGCCUGGAUCCAGUCUCCGGCGUCCUCUCCACUGCACGCGCCCUCGACCGGGAGCGGUUGGCAUCCUACCUGCUGACCGUGGUGGUGCGGGACCACGGCAGCCCCCCGCGCAGCGCCACCAUGGCGGUCAGCGUGCGGGUGCUGGACCUCAACGACAACGCCCCGAGCUUCGCACAGGCCUCCUACGCUGUGGAGGUGCCAGAGGACCUGCCCGUGGGUUCCCUGGUGCUGCAGCUGGUGGCUGAGGACCCCGACGAGGGCACCAACGGGCAGGUCUCCUACUAUCUGGGCAACGAGUCAUUGGGUGCCUUCCAGGUGGAGCCACAGAGCGGGCUCAUCCGCAGUGCCCUGCCGCUGGACCGCGAGCGGCAGGCGGCCUACAGCUUCCUGGCCACGGCAGUGGACUGGGCGCCGCGGGAGCCCCGCAGCGCGGCUGUGCGCGUCACCGUCACCCUGCGCGACGUCAACGACCACGUGCCCACCUUCCCACAGAGCCCGCUCAGCCUUGCGCUGCCGCGCCACGCCGCACCCAAGCAGCUGGUGGCCACCAUGAGGGCAGAGGACCGGGACGCGGGCGCCAACGCCUCGGUGCUCUACCGCCUGGCGGUGCCCAACCCUGCCUUCAGCGUCAACUCCUACACGGGGGAGAUCCAGCUGCUGCAGCCCCUGGCUGCCCUGGGCCCACGCCAGCGCACCCUCUUUGUGCUGGCCGCUGAUCUGGGGCAGCCUGCGCUCUCCUCGACCGGCGUGGUGCAGAUCCUGCUGCAGGAUGAGCCCCCCUGGGGACUGCGCUUCACCCGCGGGGCCAGCGAGGUCACCCUGCCUGAGAACCCUGCCCCAGGCACGGUGGUGGCCACACUGCAGGCGGCGCACGCCGGAGGCUCCUCUGGCCGCAUCAGCUACAGCAUCGUCAGCGGCAAUGAGCAUGGCGCCUUUGGCAUCCAGCCCAGCUCAGGUGCCAUCUCGGUGCGGGACCCCAGCAGCCUGGACUUCGAGGCCAGCCCCCGGCUGCGCCUGGUGGUGCAGGCAGAGACUGCAGCGUCCUUGGGCUUCACGGCUGUGACCCUGCUGCUGCAGGAUGCCAACGACAAUGCCCCCCGCUUCCAGCUGCUGCACUAUGUGGCCUUCCUCCGCGAGUCCCAGAGCUACCACUCGCCCCUCAUCCAGGUGCUGGCAGAUGACCCGGACCAGGGAGCCAAUGGGCAGGUGACCUAUGGCAUCGACCAGGCGGUGCCCACUGCCGGCCUGUUCCACAUCAACCCCCAGACUGGCACCAUCAGCACGGCUGCCAUCCUGGACAGGGAGAUCUGGUCCCAGACGCGCUUGGUGCUGACCGCGACGGACAGGGGCACGCCGCCGCUGGUGGGCUCUGCCACGCUCACCGUGGUGGUGCUGGAUGUGAACGACAACAGCCCGACCAUCCCAGUGCCCGCCGAGGUGCGGGUGCCCGAGAACACGCUGCUGGGCACCCAGAUUGCCCAGCUGACAGGCAACGACGUGGACUCGGGCCCCGCGCUGUCCUACACGCUGGCAGCGCCGGGCGAGGCCGCGGGCACCUUCGCGGUGCUGCGCUACGGCGGAGCGGUGGCGCUGACGGCACCGCUGGACCGCGAGCGGCAGAGCCGCUACAGCCUGAGCCUGCGGGCGUCGGACGGCAGCCACCAGGGCCAGGCCACCCUUGCCGUGCUGGUGGAGGACGUCAACGACAACGCCCCCAGCUUCAGCCAGCCCUUCUACCAGGUGACGCUGCCAGAGCACACCCCUGCAGGCAGUGCCAUCCUCACUGUCAGUGCCACCGACCCAGAUGCGGGCAGCAAUGGGGACGUCACCUUCCGCCUGGCUGUGCCCAGCCCUGAUGUCGCCAUCGACCCCAGCAACGGGACUCUCUUCACCAUCCGGCGCCUGGAAUUUGAUGCCCAGCAGCCCGCCCUGGAGCUGGUGGUGGAGGCACACGACCAGGGCUCGCCCAGCCUCUCGUCCUGGGCCGCGGUGCAGCUGCAGGUGCUGGAUGUGAACGACCACAGCCCUCGCUUCCAGCUGCCGCGCUAUGAGGCCAGCGUGCCCGAGGACCUGCGCCCAGGCACCACGGUGCUGACGCUGGAGGCAGGCGACGCUGACCUGUCACGGGAGAACGGUGCCUUCGACUACACCAUCGUCAGCGGCAACAGCGGCAACGCCUUCCAGCUGGAGAGCAGGGCGGGCUGGGCCGGGGGCCGGCUCCGCGCGCAGGGCGCCCUCGUGCUGAUGGAGCCUUUGGACUUUGAGGCGGUCCAGAGCUACAACCUGACGGUGGCGGCCUCGGACCGGGGCCUGCCGCAGCGCAGCACCACCGUGCCCGUGCUCAUCACCGUGCGCGACGUCAAUGACAACCCUCCGGUCUUCGCACGCACCGAGUACCGCGCGGCCGUCAGCGAGGCUGCGCCGCCGGGCACCGAGCUGCUGCGCCUGCAGGCCCACGACGCUGACUCGGGGCCGCGCGGCCGCGUGCGCUACAGCAUCACCUCGGGUGACCAGCAGGGCCUCUUCCGGCUGCACGAGGCCAGUGGUGCCCUCAGCCUGGCUCGGCCGCUGGACUGCGAGGCGCAGGCGCUACACGCCCUGGUGGUGCGGGCCACGGACGAGCCGGGUGGGCACUUCGCCCUGGUGCCCGUGGCCAUCGAGGUGAAGGACGUCAAUGACAACAAACCCUACUUCCCACUGGCAGUGCUGAGCGCUAGCUUGCGUGAGAACCUGCCCCCUGGCACGCUGGUCGCCACGCUGCACGCGGCGGACGCUGACCGCGGCGCGUUCGGGGAGCUGCACUAUGCAGUGCUGGAACAGCCGGCGGCAGAGCCCAGCGUGGGCGAGGGCCGCGAUGCCUUCGCCGUCAACAGCAGCUCCGGGGAGCUGCGCUCGCGCCUCUCCUUUGACUACGAGCGGACCAAGGCCUUCCAGCUCCUCAUCAGGGCGACCGACGCUGGCAACGCCUCGGCCACGGUGACAGUGCAGGUGCUGGUGACGGGGGAGGACGAAUACGACCCCAUCUUCCUCAGCCCCUCCUUCAGCUUCGAGGUCCCCGAAGGCGCCCGCAAGGGGCAGAGCAUCGGACAGGUGCUGGCGACUGACGAGGACGAGGGGGCCGACGGUGUGGUGCUGUACUCCCUGGCCAAGCCCUCGCCCUAUUUCGCCGUCAACCAGACCACGGGCACCAUCUACCUGCGGGCAGACAGCCAGCCCCAGGCCAGUGCGGGCCGUGCCAAGCGGGAGCCACGCGAGAUGAGCCUGGAGGUGUGGGCGCGCGGCCCCCUGCCCACCUCGCGCUCGGCCUCGGUGCAGGUCACCAUCGAUGUCACCCACACCUCCUUCGGCCUGGCCCCGGACCUCAACCUGCUGCUGGUGGCCGUGGCCGCCUCCCUGGGCGUGGUGGUGGUGCUGGCCGCCGUGGCCAUCGUGCUGGCACUGGUGCGCUCCCGCCAGCGGCGCGGCAGCCCGAAGGCGGAGGGGGACAAGCCGCUGGGCCGCGGGCAGAGCGGCUCUCUGCAGAAGCUGGGCCGCGAGGAGCCGCCGCUGCCCGGCGCCGAGCACAUCUACCACCAGGCGCUGCCAGGCUACGGCGCCGAGCCGGCCGGGCCCUACACGCGCGGCGGCUCCCUGGACCCCUCGCACUCCAGCGGCCGCGGCUCGGCCGAAGCCGCCGAGGAUGACGAGAUCCGCAUGAUCAACGAGCACCCGCGCGUGGCCAGCAUCACGGCCUCCCUGCAGGAGCACAUCGCGGCCCGCGGCCCCGACUCGGGCAUCCAGCAGGACGCCGAUCAGCUCUCCGACGUCUCCUGUGAGCCCGCGGCGCUGGACGGUGCCCACUGGUUCAAGAGCAAGAAGAGCUCGGGGCUGCUGCUGCCGGGGCCGGCCCCGCAGCUCUACCGUGACGACGGCGGCGGCGGCGGCGCCUUCCUGGGCGUGCGCUGCGGCCCGGGCGUGUCGGCGCCGGCCCAGGACUACGCCUUCCCCGAGGACGGCAAGCCCGCAGCCGAGGGCUCCCUCACCGCCAUCGUGGCCAGCGACGAGGAGCUGCGCGGCAGCUACAACUGGGACUACCUCCUCAACUGGUGCCCGCAGUUCCAGCCGCUCGCCAGCGUCUUCACCGAGAUCGCGCGUCUCAAGGACGAGAGCUCCCUGCGCAAGCCCUGCCCGGCCAAGCCCAAGGCGGAGCCCAAGCCCCGCAUCGACCCCCCGCCCCUCAUCACCUCGGUCGCCCACCCGGGUGCCAAGUCGGUACCGCCCAAGCCGCCGCCGGGCAGGACCUUCCCGCACCUGUCCUCGCUGCGACGCUCGCCCAUCAGCCACGAGGGCUCCAUCUCCUCCUGCGCCAUGUCUCCCAGCUUCUCGCCCUCGCUGUCGCCGCUGGCCGCCCGCUCGCCCGUGGUGUCGCCCUUCGGCGUGGCGCAGCCGCCCUCGGCCUCCGCCAUCAGCGCCGAGCACUCGCUGGAGCCGCCCGAGGAGGCCGAGCUCCGCAUUUAGGACUCCCGCCCCACGCCACGGGGCUGAGCCCGCUCCCUGCGGCCGCGCUGGGCGUCCCUGUGCCCUCCGGGGCUGCUGGCCGCUGACGCUCCCCGCAGGCUGGCAGGUUCUGUGCCAGGCUCAGUGCCCAUGGACCGCUGCUGCCAGGGCCAGAAGCCCACAGCCGCGGCUCCUUGACAGCACUGGCAGGACGGUGCCA